ACAAAAAUCACUAGGUGUCCCACCUAGACAGACGGAUCACCACCCGCAGCACCUAGCUGCGGUAGCUCUUUCUAGGUGGGAUGAAGAAGCUCGCGGGAGAGGGGAGGAGCCAGCACCCUAAUCCUGGCUACUCCAACUCCACCCAGGACUUUCCUGGAACGUCAUUUGUCAUGGAUGUUCUACGCCCACAGAUUGUAACGUUCGAUGGACGGAAUUAUAGAAAGAAUCCCAUCCAGGAGAAACAGUACCAACAUGAAGAAGACGAGGAUUUCUAUCCUGACUCCAUGGAAUACUCUGAUGAGCCCUGCGGUGCCUACGAGGUGGCACAGACCCCUCACGGAUUCCGGGCCACCGUCAGUGCCCCUAGCCUGCUCUACAAGCACAUAGUUGGAAAGAGAGGGGAUACCAAGAAAAAGAUAGAAGUGGAGACUAAAACAUCUAUUAACAUUCCGAAGCAUGGGCAUGAAGGGGAAAUCGUGAUCACUGGUCAGCAUCGAAAUGGCGUGGUCUCAGCGCGAACACGGAUCGACGUGCUCCUGGACACGUUCAGGAGGAGGCAGCCUUUUACCCACUUCCUUUCCUUCUUCCUCAAUGAAGUUGAGGUUCAGGAACGGUUUCUGAUGUUCCAGGAGGAGGUGCUGAGGAAGUGCUCCAAGGUUCAAGAAGUGUAUUAGAGCCCCGAGUAUCUCGAUCAUCUGUAGCCACUGUUGCCGCUGUAAUUCCACUUGAUCUCACAGCGGGACCUGCUCGAAGGCGCAUCAGUAAUGAAACACAGUAAUUCAAAACUGUGUGUGGUGGAGCAUGCCGAAGGCUUAUAGAUCUGUCUGCACCAACCGGGGAUUUUUCAGGCUGUCCAGAGAACCUGAAUCUCCUGUAGCUUCAGAGCCUUGGUUUUCAUACUGUGUGAGGCUGUCCCUGGGCUGAAAUGGCUCUUGGGUCUGGGGUCACUAGGAUUAUUCACUGAAGAAGGAAAUUAUGUAUAAGCUUUAACAUAUAAUUUAGAAUUCCUUAUAUGUUAAGGAAAUUGGAAAGUUUGUAGGUACCUUAUGAAGUGAUUUAGUGGAGGUAGUCUGGCUGUAAGAGGAGUCACAAGCCCCUCGAGUUCUGAUGUCGCUUAGGACAGAAGAGAAGGGAGAUGCUCACAGUGCUCACAGAGUUGCCAUUUGGAUGGAGGGCAGGACUUACAGGGUUUUUUUGUUUGUUUGUUUUUUGCUUUUUCAGUUCAUAUGCUUUAUUAAAUGCCUACCACAUGCUGGGUAGACAUAACACAUAGUAAUUAAAUCUGUAUUUUAUCUUAUAGUGAGCUCUUUCCUUAAAGAUUCCACAUCCUUUUUCAGGGGGCAAAAGGGGCAGACUUCUCCCAGAACUAGUAUUGCCAGGGGAGAGCUGCUGGAGCCAUGUGCUGGGCACCCGGAGGAGAAGGCUUGCUAAGGCCAGUGACAUGGAGAAUCUUGAAGGAAGGGCGGGGAUUUCUGCUGGGCUCCCCUGGAGUUGUUCACAGAAGGAUGCAGUUUCUCAGGACGGGAAAGUGGGUAGGCGGGAGUGAUGUAGAUCCAGAGAGGACAGGUAAAUAGCUUCCAGCUCCUGAGGAAGCCUAACCUGCUUAUCUCCUGUAAAAACCUGGGGUGGUAAAUUUAGCAUUGUUGAAAAAUAGUCAUGAAGGUGCUGUGGAGGAUGCCUGAGGUGAAAGAGCCUGGUACCAGUUAGGAGCCUGUUCAUAGCGCCUCUUGAGAGAAGCCAGGGUGCCUGGCAUAUUUGGGAUGUUUGGAGAGUUUCUCUAAAGUGAAGGUAGUAAUAGUUCGGGAGUCACAGUGUUGCAGGAUGAAGAAGAUGACGUCAUUUCAGAGCAGACCACGGCAUGUAGCUAGUGCUGCACGAGUGUCAGCUGGCUGUGUUGUUAAACAUCAUUACACCAAUCAGGAUUUGGAGUAUCCCUAUGGAUUAGAGAGCAGCAGCAAGGGACACAGUGGUGUCAGGUUCCUGCUGAGGGGCAGGGAGUGCUGUUCAGUGGUGGAGUGCUUCCCCAGUGUCCAGUGUUCUGAGACUCUGGGUUCCGUGCCUAGCUUUGCUGAAAGGGGGCACGGGAGUGGGAGAAUCAGAGUAGAAGCUGAGCUACCUCGGUCCAGUUUGGUUGGAUAGUCACUGAGGUCAGAGUCAUCAGGGUCCGCCUUUGAGACCCACUUUUGUUGGAAGCAGUGCUCACUAAUGCACUAAUGCUUAUAAGCUGCUUUGGGAGGCACAUUAAGCUUUGAGGAACAUAAGCUUGUCGCCACGGCUCUCACAGAACCGAAGUGCGUCCCUCCUUUAGGAAGGGAGAGGCUCUUCUCUUUAGUGGCUGGAAACUUAAGCACUGUAUGGUGAAGCUCUUUUCUCUGGUACAUGAUGGCUGAUUCUUGACUGUUCUGUCUUACUAAGAACCUCUCUACUUUCUGAAUAGAGAGAAUUUAUAAGCCAGAAGAAUCAGUUUAUAUAGCUCAACAAAGUAUUCAUUAAUAACACAUAGAGGCUCUCAGAGGAAGUCGGUUUUCCUAAACAUUUUAAAGGAAUAAUGAAAAUGACUCAGCAGAGCCUAAUUUAGUUCCCAGUCCUGCUAGCACGGGGACUGUAGAGUGGUUUGUGUAAACCUAGGCAUGUAAAAAGCAGGAGGAAGCCCUGCUGCUGUGUGCCAGAGACCUCAUUAAAUUUCAUUCAGUCUCCUGAAUGGCCUGAGACAGAGGUGUUUCACAGAUGCUGAGCUGAGAGCAGCUAGGUGUGUCUGGUUACAGAGCCAAACACUCAGCACUCUGCCUUAUUUGAAUAACUUCCUAUGCUGAUGAAGUUUACAUCAUUUGCCUGAAGUGCUUUGUUGGAGCUUUGCCAUAAAAUAAUAAAUAUAAUGAGCAAGAAGGCAGGCCCUUAUGUUUAUUUCCUUUCUGUUUGCACAGGGUCCCAGGAAGUGAGUUGGUGAGUCUGUCACAAAGGCCUAUCUAUUUUCUUAGCAGGUCCUUCCGUAUUCAUGGGCUUUGUGUGAAUGAUGCAUAGGACCUUUGACUUAGAGGUAAGGUAGGCGAUCUCUCUUCUUUCAUGGAAGAGGAAGCUGAAGCUGAGAAACAUGAAAUGAUUUGUCUAGCCACAGUGGGCUGGUAACAGUGGAAUUAGAGCCUGGGACAGUAAUGCCAAGUAAGGCUCAAGCUUUCAUAACUCCUGGACCUGCUAAAAGAUGACAGACGUGUAUAUAAUUGAUGAUUAUUUUUGUCCCUGCUAGUCAGCAUCUACUGUCAAGGCAGAGCACAGUGAUCAGAUUCUUCUAAGCUCGUUUCUUAGUCAUUGCACAGUGAGCACGGCCUUGUAGGCCUGGGAGCUUCCUGUCUGCUUGCAGGCACGCCCACAGGCAGGUGCACCCGUGCAAGCUCCCCUCUGCUCGGCUCUUGCUCUUGAGUGGUAAGGAAGCAGAAGGAGUGCUCCAUGGUGGAGCAUUCACUGUCUGGGCCUCUCCCCCAAGCUUGUCAGUGCUAGAGGUACAUCGCCAGCAUUUCCUGGGGUGCCAGACCAGACAUGAGAUGGGCCUGAGGGUGUGAUGCUGUCCACCUUAGCUGCUGGGGUACUGAGGCAGAAGGAUGGCAGGUGCAGGCCCUCGCUGGGCUAUCUAUGGAGUAAAAGGAUGGCUUGAAUAACUUAGUGAGAUUCUGUCUCAACAUAAAGAAGGGCCAGGAUGUAGCUCAGUGGUAGCAUGCUUGCCUAGCAUGUGAGAAGCUGUAAGUUCGGUUCCUAGGAUAGAAAAGAAGCUCAAAUCAGAGCAAGCCCGAGGUGAUGAUGUGGUUGCCAGUGGUAGGCCACAAGCAGCAGCUUGGUGCAGAGUUAAGGCCGUACACUGGGGGCUCUGAACUCUGGCUUGGGCUUCAACGCACUUCUCUGAUGGAGGCUGCUUUGGAUUUGUUUUGAGACCCUACUUAACGUGUAAAGAAGCAGAACCUCGGAGAUGUGACUUUGCCAUAAGGAAGCAUGCUUAUUUUCAUCCAGACAGAGCUGCCCGGGAACCUCCUGUUACUUCCUGCUUGCCUCUCCUGGGUGGAAGGUCAAUAGCAUUAGAAUUUUCAGGCGCCAGCCUGGGUGGCCAACCUAAUGGAGCAGAACAGUUCCAGCUCCAAAUAAUGGCAGACUUGGAGCAGGGCCCAGUGUAAUUAAACCCUGGGGUAAAGAACUUGAUGUUGGUCUUGAUGCGUUUCCAUGAGCAGGCUUGAGGUAGGAGUCUCUAUUCCGAGCAAAGGGGAACAAUGGCCCUGGAGACUUAGACCACUGUCUUAGAGAUCGUUUGGUCUUAUAUUAAAUUUAGACCAUGCUAGAAGAGAUAUGGUUGGCUUAUUUUUAUGUUUAUUUUGGUGGUGGCAGUAUUAGGCAGGGUAAAAUUUAGUGUUUCUCUACUUAUUAAAAGAUUUCCCAGUAAGGUUACUUAUGAAUUUCCAGUAGAGCUAAAGACCGGAUAACCUCAUGACUCAAAACCUCCUAAAGACUUGAGGUUAUGUGACCUUGAGCGGCUCCUUUGUUCUGUGCUCUGUUGUGCAUUUAGUUUCUCAGUAUUCAGUGUUUCCCUGGCAAUCGAACUCAAGCAGAUAAAGGUGAUAGCCUUGCAAAGGGUAUGGUAAGGUGGAUUAGCUGGCUUCCUGUGAUUGUGACAAAACCCUUGACAGAAACAGUAUAGCCAGGUGUGGUGGUGCACGCCUUUAAUCCCAGCACUUGGGAGGCAGAGGCAGGCGGAUUUCUGAGUUCAAGGCCAGCCUGGUCUACAAAGUGAGUUCCAGGACAGCCAGGGCUAUACAGAGAAACACUGUCUCAAAAAAACCAAAAAAAAAAAAAAAAAAAAAAAAAAAAAGAAAGAAAGAAAGAAAGAAAAGAAAGAAAGAAAAAAACAGUGUAAUGGGGCGGUUGAGAGGGCUCAGUGAGUCAGGGCGCCUGCUGCCAAGCCUGAUGACCUGAGUUCAAGCCCUGGGACCCACAUAAUGGAAAGAUACAGCUGAUGCCCCAAAAUUCCUGUUUGACCCCAACACAUGUGCUGUGGCUUGAGCAUGUGUGUGGGUGUGUGCACAUAAAUGAUAUAAUAAUUUAAAUAAUAAAUAAAGAACAAUUUAAGAAAGGAA